AUGGCAACUGCGCUGACGCGUUCGCCACCAACACCUCGCGUGGCUGUCCUGCAUCAAGCUAUUGAGCCUCCCAUCAUCAACGGGGUUCGCAAGCCUAUGAAGCCUGGCGGCUAUCAAGACUCUGGGGCAGACAUUGCAUACGUGCUACGUGAGAGCUGCAAGAUACCGAUCGCAACACCUCAGGCAAACCUGGACCCUCGAAAGGAUGAAGGAUGGUGUUUUCCGGAUACCGAAGAAGGUAUCGUAGCGGCAGUGAAGUCUGGAGCUAACUGCCUGUGGGCGAAUACCAUCUUGUUUAGCAAUCACCCACUGCAAGUUUCAAGUCAACUGGAUGGAUAUGCGAGCCACGUCAAAGUUGUCGGCCAACCGCCUCGCCUCGUUGAAGCGUACGACGACAAGAACUUUGUCAAUGCAUUCCUUCGAAAGCAAAGCUACUUCACAAUGCCCAAAUCGUUUGUGGCGCCCAACAGCUCGAAUAUUGAGUCUUUGUUGAAGAACCAUGAUCUCACUCUUCCAGUCGUUGCGAAGCCUCUCCGCGGACGAGGCAGCCAGGGUGUGAAAGUUUGUCGAACGAUACAGGAUCUAUCAUCUCAUAUCGAUAGCUUGGGCCCGAGCAAUGCCAUGCUCGAGGAAUACCUCAGCGGCGUCGAGGGAACUGUCACGGUUAUGCCACCAUCCGACAGCAAGCCGGACUACUGGGCCAUGCCUGUCGUGGUACGCUUCAAUCACGAAGAUGGCAUUGCACCAUACAACGGUGUCGUUGCCGUGACAGCCAAUUCUCGGGUUGUACCUCAAGAAGAAGCGAAUAACGAUCCAGCGUUUGACAGAGUGCAGAGAGAGUGUGAGGCGGUGGCAAGAAUGCUGAAAGUCAAGGCACCUAUACGAAUUGAUGUGAGGAAAUGUUCAGAGCAGGCAGGAGCGACUUUCUUGCUGUUCGAUGUCAACAUGAAACCUAACAUGACCGCACCUGGACGACCCGGAAGAGAAGAUCAAGCAAGCCUUACGGCCCUGGCUGCUGCUGGGCUUGGAUGGACACCUGCAGAUUUGCUGCAGAACAUCUUGGAGACUGCAUCGACCUUGAAAGAUCUGAGGAACAUUGAAUUGCCGAUUCGAGAAUGA